AUGUUCAGUGUGGAAGAUCUCUUAGUGUCUCAUGGAUACAGAGUGUCUAAAAACUCACUUUCUACGUAUCAGACCAGGAGUGACGGAUGCCAAGUUGAGGCGACAGAAAACAGGUCUGGCAACAAUGUGACAUUGAAUGGUUAUCAGACGGACCGGGAGGUCUUUGAUGCAAACCCAAAUCCUCUUGCUAAAAGCAACUUGGAGAGUGACUAUGAAAAGGGUUGUAUGAACAAGAGAAGGCAGAUACAUUCUGUUGGGUAUCCCAAAGGCCAACAAUGUUUCGAACCAUGUCAUAAUUCGGAAACAGGGUACGUCUUCAACAUUUAUACCAUGCUUUAUGUUUUAUGUAUUUUUAAGGUUAUAUGAAAUAAUGCUGUACCUUGUUUUGCAAAACACAAUGAAUAGCAUGAAGGUCAGGGGUGAGCAUAGGACCUCUUGGCCACCAAAGUUUGAGUUACUUUUAAAAUAAUACAAUUGAACCUAAACUGUACAUGCGCAUAAAACCACGCUAAGCACCGGUGCUGAAAGAAGUGGUUAAACCUAACAAUGUUCUAUAAAUUCCAGGUAAGGACCCUGAUGAGACAUUGUCCCUACAUUUUCACUAAUCAAGGACAAAGGAUGGCUGUCUGCUUUAACUCCUAUUAUGCCAGUAAAAUCAGAGGAUGGGUAAAAGUUUGUAGUGGUAGAGAUUAGAACAAAAGCACUGGAUGCCAGUGAACGUCAACGUUUAAGGGAAAGUUGGUAUUUGUGGAGAAAAUGUUUAAUUUGGGAAUACAGACAAAGUUUAAAAGAAACUUUUAAAAUAUUAUUUUAGCACCAGAGAUGGUAAUUGCUUAUAAUCAUAUAUAAUAAUUGCACAUUCUCGAAGGGCUGCAUUCAUAUUGCACACAUCAGGCAUUGCUUGGCUAUCACAAAUUUAAUAUAAUCGUUUUUCUUUAGCUGGGUAUAGGUGUAAAGUAGUUGGGGGCAGGUAAAAUAGGCAGGAUGUGCUCAUACAUUCACAUUUACUUAAGACAGAACUGUCUAAUGUCUAGUAUACCUGGGAAAUUUUAGUAUGUCCACCAUAACUGCAUGGACCAAGUGGUCUGAGCUACAACUAGUUUGCCUUAGGAAACAUGUGUAGUAUCCCUCAACUUGUCUAGUCUGGGAAGAAUAUCUUAAAGGAACACUAUAGAGUUAGGUAUAUAAAUGUGUAUUCCUAACACUACUGUGGCCUAGGUGACUGGACCCCUGCUGCCAGUGAGAUCCACUUACCACCAUAUCUUCUGCACAGCAUUUGGGCACCCCCCUAAUCUAAAUUGUCCCUACCCAUUCUUGGUCAAGACCACACCACUUCUUGUUUAUGACCAACACACACUUAGACUGAUUGACACCACUCAGUGACAGAUACACACUCUUUGAUACACAUACACUGACAUACAUGCAUACUCACUGAUUUGAAACACACGUCCUCACUGAUUUGACACUCUGACAGACACACAUAAUCACUCAAAAACACACUGACAGACACACGCUCUCACUGACAGACACACACACGCUCUCAUAUACAAAAAACACUAAUCACCAAUUAGAGGAACAAACACACAAACAGGUAUACAAAUACCUAAUUAAUUCCAAACUGUAGAACAAAUAGGACUCCUCCCAGUCCUCGUAAUAUAAUAGAAAUAGAAAAGAUCUACAGAACAGAAAAAAUAAAAACUCAUAGAGUAGUAAAGCCAAAAUACAUCAAAUCCCUGCUAGUUUGAUUACACUCACAGGCAUAAAUUGAUAGUAGGCAUAUCUCAAUAAUGGAGCACUGGAUAGAAGGGAAUCCUCAAUACGAACUCAUGGACAUGUAGGAGAGAAAACAGACCGCAAAUAAGUGUAGAUUAUAAGUAAUAUUAACCCUGCACUGUAAUCAGUUACACUUACAAGUUAAUAAUGAUAUAAAAGCAUAUCAUAAAGUAUCCUCCACAGCCAUCCUCCUUCAAUUGAUGAUGAAUAAACAAAAUAGGGGGAAUACUGUGACUAAAAAAUAUAUUUAUUAAAUAAAACAAUAAACAAACUGCAGCUGCACGGGAGAUCCUGAUACCCCUGAGGAAGUCCGGUAUAUAGAGGACGAAACGCGUAGGGUUGGAUGUUUGUAGAGAGAACUUUUAGUCCGCUUACUUAUAACAGUUUGUUUAUUGUUUUAUUUAAUAAAUAUAUUUUUUAGUCACAGUAUUCCCCCUAUUUUGUUUAUUCAUCAUCAAUUGAAGGAGGAUGGCUGUGGAGGAUACUUUAUGAUAUGCUUUUAUAUCAUUAUUAACUUGUAAGUGUAACUGAUUACAGUGCAGGGUUAAUAUUACUUAUAAUCUACACUUAUUUGCGGUCUGUUUUCUCUCCUACAUGUCCAUGAGUUCGUAUUGAGGAUUCCCUUCUAUCCAGUGCUCCAUUAUUGAGAUAUGCCUACUAUCAAUUUAUGCCUGUGAGUGUAAUCAAACUAGCAGGGAUUUGAUGUAUUUUGGCUUUACUACUCUAUGAGUUUUUAUUUUUCUGUUCUGUAGAUCUUUUCUGUUUCUAUUAUAAGCAUAGCUGACUUGAAGUAUUUUUCCUAUUCACCUAAUUUGACCUUAAAUUCAAAAAUGACUUUGAAUUCCUCACAAUUCUCCCUUGUAUAUCACUGAUAGAAUUAUUGUCUUCCAUUGAUAGAUAGAAUGAAAGAAACUCCAGCCUAAGUUACCAAGAAUAACAGAAAACUCACAAUUUCUUCUAGUAUCAUUAUCUUCUACCCCUGUUCGCAAAUGUGGUCAUGUUCUGUCUCUAAAACCAUUUCCAUACAGACUAAUAUAUUUAAAUAUGUUUAUGGCUCUAAAACCGUCUACAACAACAUAAGUAGGUGUUGUAAGAAAUUGAUACACCAGGCUGAAAUACUGUAUCAUGGACUGAGAGAAAAUUCUAGGUUUAUGUGUAUAUGACUGGUUACACAACUUGGGAUCAUCUACUUGAUAAAUGUGCUAAUUAUCUAAAGUUACAAGUGGAGAUAAUUGCAUUUUACAACAUCUGCAUCUGGGUAAAAACAGUAGACCACAUCCCUCGAGCAGUUUUCCUACCAACCAGUUUUCCAUCUGUGUUAUAAGGAGAUCAGAGUGUCAGUGGCCAGAGUAUCUACCAUCUAGAUAUAGCAAGACAAGUUUUUGUUUUCCCAAGCCAAAACUGUCUCCAAAACCGAGAAAUUAUCAACAAACCUGAUAAUCAACCCUAACUGGUCACUUCUUCUGGAAUUUCCUAGUAUAGCUGGAGGGCAGAGAUGAAACGGUAAAAUGUGUAUAAAAUACCAGAGUACUCUGACCAUAGAAGGUGGAGUUCCACAGAGGUCAGCCCUCAGGGAGAACUGUUACUAAUAUGCCCAAAGAAACUCUCCUUGAUAUCUGGCCAUGUGAGUGGAGACAUGUAACCAGCAUGGAAGAUAGAGGAAACCAAACCGUAUAGAAAUAUACAUAAUGAAACUCUUAUAGUAUUACAUUAUCUUGUGUUCAAGGCCUAUGAUUAAACACAAUGUUUAAAAUUUAUACUUAUGGCAAAAUUGUAAAAGUAACCUAAUUUAACAACCAAUAUCAAUAUAUAUUAUUAGAACAUACACAUGCCGGUGUUUUAUUGUUACAUUUUAAAAGAGUCAUAAUUUCUUACAACGUGCAUAAUUAAUUUAGAGGGUAAAACACUUAAAUAGUGUAAAUACAUGUAAAUGUAUUCAGGGCAGUAAUAUAUGUUAUUUUAUAAUAUUUGUGGAUAGUAAUUUUGAGUCAGAAACCUAUCAGUGCCAUGAGGUACAUAUUUCUUUCACUACCCUCUAGACAUUCAAAUAAUAAACAACUGUUUACAGAACCCAAUAAAUAUUCACUUGUACAGAGGGUCCAGGGUGCAGUUUUUGGGGUACGGCUGCUGGUUGGGCCCUGCAAUUAAGGGAGCUGUGCCCAAUCUUUGUAUAUUUCCAAUACAAAGACUGAAAAAUCUGCCUAAAAAUCAUCUCAAGAAAUCACUAUUAAUCCUAAUGCAGGAUCAUUCCUGGUUGCCUCUAUUUUCAUUGGCUGCAAAAAGAUAUGUUACUUUCAGAGACUAAGAAUCAGGAACAUGUUGAAAUGCGAGAGGGGGGCUGGCUAAGGAGGCUGGCUUACACUGCAAGACAUUUUACAGUACUGGAGGAAAACCACAGAAUUGCAAGAAAAGAAACUAUCCACAAGUAUUUCAGCGUAUUAGCUUUAAUUUAAGCUUAACUUGUUUAGCUGCCUGGAGAGUCCCUUUAAAUACGAAAUUCACUUUGAAUUCUCACUUCUGAUAAUAACCCUGUGUGAUCCCUGUAUCCUUUGCUUAUCGAACUGUAGCCCUAAAACCUCCACUUCAGGUCACGAUUAGUCAAUAACUGGAGGACUCCCUCUUAGGGUACAAGGAAAAUACCAACAAGUAUGUUCAAAAACUCGUUUGACUGAUGCUUUAAAAAAAAAAAAAAAAUUAUAUGGACUUAAGUUCCUAAAAAAUUUAGAUGCCUGGCAUUUCUUAUGAGUGGAGGACUCUAGCCUGUACAUCUUGAACUCAUAAAAUAAUUUUAAUUUACACAUUGCGGAGCUUGGCCUGUUCCUACAUAACCACAAAUUUUUAUGGGUUUUUUGGCUGUUGCCAAGAUAAAUUCCACGAAUUUAGGAGGGUGCAACCAAAAUUGCCUGCUCUGGAGAGAGUGUAAUGUUUACAUGUAGUAUUUUACUGCCAAAUUCUACUCUAGGAGGUGUGGAACAUAAGGAUAUAGACUAGAUGUGUGUUGUUGUAACAUUUCCUUGCCACAAAAAGGAAGAAAAGAGAGAAAGAAGACAUGCAAUGUCUUUUCUUAGCUGCAUUCGGAUUGAGGAUACAAUUUUUGGAAAAACUACAGUGCAUAACAGAUAGGUGCGAUGAAGAAUGGAGACAUAAAGGCAUCUUAUGGGCAGAUCUGUAACAUUUCAAUUCUUCAUUUAGAUUGUUUUUUAUUUUCAAGUCCUUGUGAGCACAAGCAAUCAAUUUGUCCCAAAGAUCAUUUUAUCAUUGAGGCAGGACACUUUUAAAUCUAGAAGAAAGGCUUUGAAGUUUUAUCUGAUCUAGAAUUGCAUAAUAUACAUGUCCAAUCACGUGCGGACUAAGUAGCUUGCAGCUACUGAGAGAAGAAACUAAUAGGUACUUUUCAGAAAUAGGAAGUUAAAGGAGAUUUCGGGGAUUUCCUGUCUGCAAAUCUCUCUUAAAUAUUUUGCACAAUUUAACCCUUAAGAUUACGUAAUACUAUUAUCGGUGCAGCAUAACCCCAUUUUGGCAGCUAUUCCAGUUUCAGAGAAAAUUGCACAAUUGUUUUCUAAAAAUACAUAAUUUUACCUGGAAUAAGUAGAGGGGGUGGCGCAAUCAUGUAUUUCUUGAGAUAGGUGUAGUCUCAGAAGUAGUGGCAUAUGUAAAAACAGAAGAAUACAGCAGACUAUAGUGUAGUAUAUCUUGCGUAAAGUAAGAAUAUAACAAUUACAAUUGCACUUACAUUGUGUAGAGCAAAGGUAGCUCCAUCUGAAUGCACUUGGGCAGUAAAAUCCCCACAUAGGGAUAUUCUGUGACUUCUUUAAAGUGCUUUCGUACAGAGGAACUCCAUCUAGGUAUGGUGACUCAGGAAGCUGUUCACCCCCACCUUGGGGUCUCACAGGUUUGUUGGUAGUUAAUAUAUAAAAAACAAGAAUAAAAAAUACAGUGCUCACUGUUGUUAUAAAUAAGAGAAUAAAAUUAGGGGAGGUUUUGCUGAAUCCACAGCGCUCAGGUGGUAUUUUCCCACCAAACGAAUAUGUGGUCCCAAGCUCCUCGGAAGCCCAGAGUGAAAUUCACAGAGGUUAGCAAAUAACUACUUUAUUUAAUACACUAGUACAUAGAAUAAUUAAAUAAUAAAAGAAAUACAAAGUAGUAAAGUAACACUUAACGUGUUUUGCCUUCUGAAAAAGCUUCUUUGUGGCAAAACGUUUUAAGUGUUGUUUUUCUGUUUUGUAUGGGGCACAUUGACGUUGUGGCAGGCUUACGCAAUGUAACUAAACCCCCAUUAUUUUUUGCCUAGAUUAAGUAUUUGUAAACAAAACUGUUACAUUCUGUGAGACUUAAAAUUGCUGUUUUGUGAAUAAGUGAGCACGCUGGAUUUUGUAUGUUGUAUGAAUUGGCCCCAUCGGUUUGAACCGAUUGAAGAAGCCCAGAGAUUGGGCAAAACGCGUCUCGGAGGCCUAGAGGGCACUUUUAAAGAUACCAUUUUGCAUGAUUUUAAAGUUUCUUAAUUUUUUCACUUUAUUGUUUAAAUUGACAUAUAUAUUCACUACCGUACAAAAAGCGUCUCCUGGCCUGGCACUCUGCAUCUGCCUGAGUUGAAAAGGGGCUUGUCACUCCAUAACUGACAAUUGUGCUAAUGCCUGGAGCCAGCAUAUUGGGGGCUCCAAAAAAACUGAGCAAAUUACUAGCAAUACUGCUACCUAUGUUCCAAAGAUAUCCUUCAUAUAUUUUGUCUUCUACUGUAUAAACACGUCAAAAAGAAUCUGAAAGAUCCAUAGAGAAGGUUGUGUUGCCACCAAAACGCAAAACUAAUUUUUACAUUCGGAGCCAUAAUUUCUAAAAGGUUCUAUAAUUGUGAGAAUUCAUUUUUCCUCUAUAUAUAUAUAUAUAUAUAUAUAUAUAUAUAUAUAUAUAUAUAUAUAUAUAUAUAUAUAAUAAAUCAGUAGCUUGGCACUCUCCUUAAUGGAAUCCCUUAUAUCCGCCUCGGUGCAAAUGGUAUGCGUUCCAUAUAUAACCGAAAAAUAAUCCAAAAUGCACUCUCAGGACUUGUGCAAAAAAUCUGUUUUUAUUUUAAAUCAUGUACUAAAGAAAAAAAUCGAAAACCAACGUUUCGACCCCUACAGGUCUUUUUCAAGGUUAGUGAAACUAGCAAAAUAGUGAAUUUAUAUAGAAUAAAGUGUAAGUGCACUUACCAAACCUUAGCGUUGUGUGUUCCCCUCUCCGAACCCGGAAGUGAAUUAGGACCUCCUCCCCGACGUCACUACGUCAGGCCGUCAAAAAGACCUAUCAGGCGAGGAAAGAAGGGUCACCCGUUAUACCAACACUUCGGGGAGACCCCCUGUUCAGAGAACUCGUCCGUAGUAUUUAAUUUAUCCGAUAAAAUCCUUACACAGGAUCAUCUUGCGGUUUUGAAUAAAGGACUCACUUUUAUUCCCAGUAGGAAACCGGACCCUUUUUCGAUGGAAAUAGAACUGUACAAACUUAAUCGAAUUCUUAAUUGCAACGAAUUCAGAAAAAUUGGAACUACAUCUCGCUCUCAUUUGUUUUCUUCAAGAGUGAAAAAGGAUAUUAAAACUAGCAACAUUGCUAUUAAGACUUUCAUACAAACCAUUCAUAAUGAUUUACAAAGGAUCAUUAAAAUUCCUCCUCAUUCUAGAAAUAAUCUUACGUUUAAAGAAAAAGAAGCCCUUAAAGAUCUCCGGCAAGAUUCAACUAUAGUCAUUCGUCCCGCUGACAAGGGGGGUGCUAUUGUCAUCCAAGCAUACCAGCAAUAUAAAAAAGAAAUUAUGAGACAACUACAAGAUGUUAAGACAUAUAAGAAAUUAACAUUUGACCCGGUUAAAAAAUUUCAACAAAGGAUUAAUCAUCUCAUUGAAAUAGGUCUCCAGGGGAAUUAUAUUGAUUCUAAUACGGCAAAAUACUUACAAGUGGAAUGUCCUAUCCACCCGGUAUUAUACACAAUACCAAAAAUUCAUAAAUCCAUGCAGGAACCUCCAGGACGCCCUAUAGUAUCGGCCCGAGGGGGACUCCUUGAGCCUAUAGCUAAAUAUGUGGACUUUUACAUACAAGGGUGUGUUAAAGAAAUACCUUCAUGCCUCAGAGACACUCCAGAUCUAUUACAUCAAUUAAAAGAUUUCAACAUGGAAACAGAUGCGGAAUUUAUUUUCGCAACUUUGGACGUACAAAAUCUAUACACGGUUAUACCCAUCACGGAAGGAAUACAAGCUGUACGUGAAACUCUUCUAAACACUACUUCUUAUGAAGGACCACCUAUAGAAUAUCUAUUGGAAUGGCUGACGUUAGCUUUGACGUGCAAUUAUUUUAGAUUUGAAAAUACCUUCUAUGUCCAAACAUAUGAUUGA